CGGUAGAACAUGGAAAGCGGGUAAAACUAUCUCUUUUUUAUUUAUUUAACAUGUUGGAACCUGAAUCACUUUCCAGAGGACAUGUUGGAAGACGCAAUCCUCGUCCUUUGGGUGCCAUGCCUGAUCUAGACGUACCACCUCUUAUUCCACGCUGGUUUCACGCCAUUGAUAAUCCUGUCAUGGAUCCAAUCUCAUUACGAAGAGCCAAGAGUUCCUCUACCCUAAAUAAACCACCCAAGAGUCCUUCUACACCUAAACCUAAGCUUUCGUCCAAAUGGGUGCCUUUCUCUCAACGUGACUCGUCUGCACUUGAAAAAGCAUACCAGAACCAUGAUGUGAGAGCAAAAGUACCCGUAAACGAGGAUCAUUUAUUUCAAGUGGAUGUGACGCAACGUACCAUUAGUCCAGUGUAUUGGGAAGGUCCUAGUUAUGAAGUACGACGAGCAACUUGGUUUAUGCAAACAGACGGUUGGGUGCCAUGUGAGGAAAACAUUGCGGAACAAAUCGAGCUUGGUUACUACAAACAUAAACCCUAUGUCACCACUACACCGGAGGAAGACCCGUUAAAGGCAGCAGCAGCAGCAGCAGCAGCGACAGAAGAAACCACAGAAGAAAAAAAGCUAGAACUAACGUUAUCAGGCGACAAGCAAUGGAAUUUAUUGGGUCCUUAUUUAGGACAAUAUAUUGUUUAUACUGGACCCAACCACGCUUGGUUAUUAUCAAAUAGCACCAGUAGUAAAUUUGCCAAGAGUAUCAUUACACGUUUAACCAAUAAACAAAACUUGGGAGGCACGAGAUUGAUCCGAGGUUAUCCACAGGUGGAAGAAUUGACAUUAAAGCAAAAAUCCGUACCAAUAAAGAAACCCGCCGUAGAAGAAGUAGAACUGGAUAGUGGUACUUGUUCAUCGGAUGAAGAAGUGAAGGAGGAAUUAGAAAAUAUACAAAUUGACGAUUAUGAAAAUGAAGAUAGUGAGGAAGAAGUGAGAAAAAUAGAUCAUCUCAUGUUUGUCAUUCACGGUGUUGGUCAGAAAAUGUCGGAAAGGACAGGCCAAACAUUUGUACACGACGUAAAUGUAAUGCGAAAAACCUUAAAAUUAACUUUUCCUGCAGCUAUUGCACCACAUACAAGACACAACGGAAUCCAAGUUUUACCCAUCAUGUGGCGACAGGAUGUAAAAUUUGGCAUGGCAGCAGACGGAGAAGAAGGUAUUGAGGCAGAUCUUGGCACGGUGGGCGUCGAAGAUGGUUGUCCCACUUUGGAUGAACUGACAUUGGAUGGCGUGCCGAACAUUCGAACUGUUGUUUCGGAUGUCUUGAUGGACAUUCCUUUGUAUAUGACCCCAAGAUACCGUGAAUUAAUGACUCAAAUUAUUGCGAAAGAAAUUAAUCGCGUUUAUCGUUUGUUUGGCAGCAAGAAUCCCGAGUUUCUGGAAAAGGGCAAGGUGUCCAUCUUUGGUCACUCACUAGGGUCGUUGUUAGCAUUUGAUAUGUUGACAUUACAGCCCACCACACCUCCUCCACCUCCUCCAUCACCUUCCGCUACAGAAGAACAUCCUAUACCCGACACCAACAGUCGAAAACUGCCGCCACUUUUAUUCCCUGUUCAAAACUUUUUUGCAGCAGGAUCUCCCUUGGGGGUUAUCUUGUUAUUACGAGGCUUUAAAAUCGCAUCACGUAAAUCCCUUGGACAAUCUGCACAUACCGCUCUUUCUGACGUCAAGUCUCCUUCACCCACCUCCAUCAAUUUUUGCUACCCAGCUGUAGAAAACCUGUACAAUAUAUUCCAUAAAUCUGAUCCCGUUGCCUAUAGACUAGAACCAUUAAUCGCACGCCAUUAUACUUCCAAACUCAAACCGGAACCAAUUCCUUACAUGAAGGGAGGCUUAAAAGGUGUCAUUGAUGCCAGCUUUAAUGUCGGUUCUGGUAUUGCUAAUCGCGCGGGUGCCAUGUAUGAAUCAUUCAAAAUGGGCUUGACCACAACUUUGUUUAUGCGUGGACUAGGACUUUCACGUCAACAAAUCUAUCAAGAUUCACAUCCAGAUGAAGAAGCAGAAGAAGAAGUGGAUAUUGAUUCUUCGUUAGCUGCCAUGGAUGAUCACAACCGAUUGACUCGUAUGAGGUCCAACAGUGACCCUGCACGUGCAUUCUCUUCUGACUUUAGAUACAAGAAUAAUAAUCAACAAUCGAGUAUCAAGGGUAAAUCAUCUGUAAGAAAAUCACCGCCGAUACCAUUACCUACCGCCAAUGGGACACCAUAUUCACAGGGAGCGCAGAAAUUGAAGAUGUUGAAUGUGACGGGAAGAGUGGAUUACAGUAUACAGGAAGGGCUAUUAGAGAAUCCCUAUUUGAGUGCAUUUAGUGCCCAUAUGCAAUACUGGCAGGAUCUGGAUGUAGCUGCAUUUUUAAUCAAACAAAUUUAUCGUGAAACUACAGCAUAAGCUUCAUUUUCUUUAUUAUAUAUUAAUAUAAAAAUAAAAAC